AUGACUUGUGAUGAUGAUCGAUUCAGUUGUCCAAAAAAGGAAGGUCAUUUAUUUAGUUUUUUAAAAGUAACUCUAGCCAAAGCGAUUUUUCUUGCCUCGAUGAUAAUGACCAACUUUUUAUUACUUUUAUCCAUAACUCUUUGCAUAGUUUCUGCACUAUCGGUUCAUGCCAUUUCAUGUCCAUCAAAUUCACAAUGUGUCCAAGUAGGAGAACAAUGUAACAAUUUAUUAAAAAUAUGUUCAAACUCUGAUUGUAAAUAUUCAGGUGGUUCCACUUCUGGUAAUUGUACAGCCUACAUUCCAGAGAAUGGUAGCUGUUUGCAGAAUUAUGAUAGUCCAUCUUGUUAUCCAGGUCUUUCAUGCUAUGAUAAUAAAUGUGUCCAAUAUGGAUUUAUACAAAAUGGUAAAGACUGUAAUCAAACCUAUCAAUGUUCCAAAGGAUUAACUUGUUCCAACAGUACCAACAAAUGUGUCUUAACCAAUGAUGUAUGUGACAGUGAACUACUCAACUGUCCAUUCGGUACAUUCUGCAACACAACUGGUCCAACCAAAGUCUGUUAUCCUCAACUAGAGUUGAAUGACGAUUGUACAGUUUACCCAACCGCAUGUCCAUAUGGAUCGGUUUGCAGUGGAAACGACACUACAAAGACUUGCACUGCACUCUAUUCUCUUGGUCUAGGUGAAACCUGUAGCCCCAAUCCAAAUGACGCAACUGUAUCUGCUUGUGAUGCCUCUAAAGGUCUCUACUGUGAAAUCAAUAGUGCCCAGUAUGGUUUCUGUACCAAGCUACCAUCUCCAUCCAAUAGCUCACAAUCAUGCCAAGAUGACAGUUAUUGCAACUUUAACGAGAUUUGUGAAUGUUCCAACGGUUCACAAGGUAAAUGUUCCAUACUAGUCAAUAUCAAUGCACAAUGUGCCACUGACACCAAGUCCUACCAUGACUGUUUGAUUGGUAAUCAAUGUGUACAAGUCAAUAACUAUCUAAACCUAAAUUCUUGUGUAGCAAGCAAGUGUAGCAAAGAGUUUUGUGCUGUUAGAAAUUCUUGUGAAAAUUGGGAUAUCGUUGAUAGUCUCUCAUGUCCAUCACCUAAUCCUAUCAACAGUCUUGUUUGUUCCUCAAACAAUUCAUCCAGUUCAGGUGAACCAUCAUUAUCUUCAUCUUUAUCAUCUCCAAUCAUCUUAAUUUCACUAUUAUCAAUUAUUUCAACUCUUUUUUAA